CUGGGCUGGAGAAUGGAGGUGAGUCCAAAGAAUCACCCUGUGAGUCAGCUGGAGUUUGAUGUAAUAAUCGGAGCAGAUGGACGCAGGAACACGCUGCCAGGUUUCAGGCGUAAAGAGUUCAGGGGGAAGCUUGCCAUCGCCAUCACAGCAAACUUCAAGAACAGAAACACCACAGCUGAGGCCAAAGUGGAGGAGAUCAGCGGUGUGGCAUUCAUCUUUAACCAAAGGUUUUUCCAGGAACUACGGCAGGAAACUGGGAUUAACUUGGAGAAUAUUGUGUACUACAAAGAGAUUUUGCAGACACAGAGUUGCUCCUCUCUCGAGGGAACGUUGACCAGAAUGCAUUGCAGGCAUAUGCCCGUGAGGCUGCAGACUUCUCCACCAAUCACCAGCUGCCAACUCUGGACUUUGCCAUGAAUCACUAUGGUCAGCCUGAUGUUGCCAUGUUCGACUUCACCUGCAUGUAUGCAUCAGAGAACGCUGCUAUGGUUCGCCAACGCCACGGACACCAGCUGCUGGUCACACUGGUUGGAGACAGCCUAUUGGAGCCCUUCUGGCCGAUGGGGACGGGAGUCGCUCGAGGGUUUCUGGCAGCUCUGGAUUCGGCUUGGAUGAUACGAAGUUGGGCUCAGGGCGCAGCUCCACUGGAUGUCCUGGCUGAGAGAGAGAGUUUGUACCGUCUCCUCCCUCAGACGACUCCAGAGAACAUGCAAAAGAACAUCACUCUGUUCUCUGUAGAUCCAACAACAAGAUACAUGAACACCAGCCUUUUGACCAUCACACCUGCCCAGGUGAGGCACCUGGUUGACACAGGAGAAGAGGUGGGGCUAACCACAGACUGCAGUGAUAUCAUCCGGCUCCCCUCCCCCAGAUACCUCAGACAGGGUGGGAUAACUUUACAUAGAAGAUGUUUUUUUGUUUUGUUUUUUUUAACUACAGUGUGAUUGAUGAAUGUUAGAGUGAAGUUUUUUAGUUCACAGUCUGACCUGAUGCCUCU